AUGAGUAUAUGUAUUUCAGACGCUCUUAAUGAGCCCUACUUUAUAUGUAAAGUAUCUCUCAAUCAAAACCCGGAAACUUUAGCAAGAACAUUUUCAAGUGUCGCUACCCAACUUUUGGAAAAAGUUAAGUCUGAUAAACGUCUAACGGAAGCAUACCGAAUGGAGGUCGAAUUUGACAAUUACGAAAAAGUUGUAGAAUUUCGUGUUUCCCUCAAGACCACGGCAUGGUAUGAUGUAUUUCUUCAACCCAUGGACAGACUGGAAGCAAUAAAAAUUGCAAAAAAAUAUACCGAAAAUGUGAUGCAACAAUUCCUACCUGAACCAACUCCAAAUAAGAAAAAUAACAACAAAGAGUUAGAAGAUUUUAAUGCAUUUGACGUCUGCUAUACCUUAAAAAAAACAGGAAACUGUAAUUGUAAUAGUAAAAAAUGGACUCAUCCAAAGUUCCUAUGUAAAGAUUCCGUAGAAACUAAGGAUGCUCGCAAGAAAAUCUGCGCUUUCUACAUACCCGAUAAACUUUUGAUAGAAAGUCUUUCCAACAAAGUUUGUGAUCCCGAUGGAUACCUUUUUGCUUUGCGACGAGAUUUAUUCCGAAUGUUUUUAUUAGUUCCUACGAAACAUAUGGAAAACGAAGACCUAGUCAAAUUGACCGAUUUCUGGAAAUUUCUUCUUAUUAAGCAACAACAAUUAAGUUUUUAUCUCGUAGCAUUCAACUUUGGUACAUGGGAAUCGGAGCUAAGGAAUGAUCCGAACGUGUUAGAAUGUCAUGCCCAUGCCAACCUUUACUUCAAUGAAGAUAGUUGGAAUAAUGCGAAAACUGUGGCUAACAUUCCGAGGAUGGAUAUUUGUAAUACACCUGGUCCAAAUUAUCUGCGCAAAAACUGUGAGGAACUCAAAGUUUAUAGAUUAAAUGAAGCUUAUUGCGAAUAUCUGAAUGGUGAGAACACCAAAAAAGAUGAUAUCAUCAGUAAAUUGUGUGAAGAUCCUAUGGAGGAGUAUUUUGAAAAAUGUCUCCAGGAGUGGAGCGAAGAGAAUUCCGGUGAACAUGCCGAUUCAAACAAUUAG